UUGCAUCUUAUUGCGGAGGUGAUCAGAGAGAACACGGUCGAGGUGUAUAUGAUAAAAUGGGGGAACGUAGUUACCUGGGAAAGAUAUUUUUAGAAUCGCAGCAGAGGCCCACGGCUGUGAUCCCAGUUCUCAGGAGGCAAAGGCAGGAGGAGAGAGCGCAUUCGAAGCCAGCCUGAGCUACUCAGUGUCGAGAUUCUGCCUCGUCAAGCGAGCACAAGAUUUUGUGAAGGGUGGUUUGAAUUUGAGCUGACAGAAUAAAAUAUGGGAAUGGGUGUGGUCUUCCUCGGACCUUCCUCCCUUCUUCCCCUCGCCCCCAGCGUUUUUUCCCCUUAAUUAUGCAAGCUUGAGCUCAGUCACUGAAAAGCAAAAAGUGCUGUCUUAGCAGGAGUGCUCGAGCCAGCCUGUAGGGAAGUCCAGCGUGCAUUCAGCCAGAUCUGAAGAAUGCACGCGGCCUUCUGCAUAGCUGAGCUCAUCUGGCUGUCGAUCAGAGGAGCUGCUCUCAGGCCCCGGUUCACGGUGUGCUGGGGUCUGGUCUCUGAGGAAGACAAACCCUGCCAGGGAACAGAGACCGCCCCGCCCCCAAGCUAAGAGCACAAUGGCAGCCUCUGCCCCCUUGAGGAGCCUGGAGGAGGAGGUGACCUGCUCCAUCUGCCUGGAUUAUCUGCGGGACCCGGUGACCAUCGACUGUGGCCAUGUCUUCUGCCGCAGCUGCACAGGUGAUAUCCGCCCCAUAUCCGGGAGCCGCCCAGUUUGUCCGCUCUGCAAGAAGCCCUUCAAGAAGGAGAACAUCCGGCCCGUGUGGCAGCUCGCCAGUCUGGUGGAGAACAUUGAGCGGCUGAAGGUGGACUCCGGCAGGCAGCCGGGAGAGCUGGCCCGAGAGCCGCAGGAAGUGAAGCUGUGUGAACGGCACCAGGAAAAGCUGCACUACUACUGUGAGGACGACGGCAAGCUGCUGUGUGUGAUGUGCCGCGAGUCCCGCGAGCACCGACCCCACACGGCCGUCCUGGUGGAGAAGGCCGCCCUGCCUCACAGGGAGAAAAUCCUGAACCACCUGAACACCCUCAGGAGAGACAGAGAAAAAAUCCAGGGCUUUCAGGCCAAGGGAGAAGCUGAUAUUCUGGCUGCGCUGACGAAGCUGCAGGAGCAGAGGCAGUACAUCGUGGCGGAGUUUAAGCAAGGCCACCAGUUUCUAAAGAAGCGGGAGCAGCACCUGCUAGACCAGCUGGCCACCCUGGAGCAGCUCCUCACCGAGGGCAGAGAGAAGUUCAAGACCCGGGGCGUCAGUGAGCUUGGCCGGUUGACUCUUGUCAUCUCCGAGCUGGAGGGCAAGGCACGGCAGCCUGCUGCGGAGCUAAUGCAGGAUGCCUGCUCUACACAGGACAGCAAGGACUUUGCCAACAGGUACCCACGGAAGAAGUUCUGGAUUGGGAAAGCCAUCCCCCACAUGGUUAGGAGGAAGGCAGGAGAAUUCUCAGAUAAACUUCUCUCUCUGCAGCGAGGCCUGAGGCAGUUCCAGGGCAAGCUGCUGAGAGACUUGGAGUAUAAGACGGUGAGUGUCACCCUGGACCCACAGUCGGCUAGUGGGUACCUGCAGCUCUCACAAGACUGGAAGUGUGUGACCUAUACCAGCCAGUACCAGAGUGAUUGCCUGCAACCCCAGCAGUUUGACUGUGAGCCAGGGGUGUUGGGCAGCAAGGGCUUCACCUGGGGCAAGGUGUACUGGGAAGUGGAGUUGGAACGAGAAGGCUGGUCAGACGAUGAGGAGGAGGGGGAAGAAGAAGAAGAAGGGGAAGAGGAGGAAGAAGAUGAGGAGGCUGGCUAUGGGGAUGGAUAUGAAGACUGGGAAACAGAUGAGGAUGAGGAAUCACUAGGGGAGGAAGAGGAGGAGGAAGAGGAAGAGGAGGAGGAAGUUCUGGAAAGCUGCAUGGUGGGAGUGGCCAAAGACUCUAUGAAGAGGAAAGGGGACCUGUCCCUGCGGCCAGAGGAUGGUGUGUGGGCCCUUCGGCUCUCCUCCUCAGGCAUCUGGGCCAACACGAGCCCCGAGGCCCAGCUCUUCCCAGUGCUGCGGCCCCGGAGAGUGGGCAUCGCCCUGGAUUAUGAAGGGGGCACCGUGACAUUCACCAAUGCAGAGUCACAGGAACUCAUUUAUACCUUCACGGCCACUUUCACCCGGCGUCUGGUUCCCUUCCUGUGGCUCAAGUGGCCAGGAACACGCCUCACGCUGAGACCCUGAAUUCCAGAACCUGCCUAGGCUACACAACAGAAUCUGCAGUUCUCUGAGAUUCAAGGACUCUUGAGAUGAAGAAGGUUGCCUGGAUCCCAUACCUCUGGAAGCUUCCUUUCUGUGGGAUCCCAAAACUGUGUGAAGGAGGAACUUUCUUGGCCAGAGCAGCAGGAAGAGGAGAGUUGAGGGGCAUCACGUCCAAUCGCACCCAUGUCCCUACUGCCAUGGCCAAGCUCUCUCAGCCCUGUCACUCCGUCUGUAUUUCUUGUUCUAACUUCACACCCCCCCCCUGCCCAUUUCCUCUGGGAUCUCCUGCUCUGAAGACCAAAUGACCCCCUCCAUCCUGAGCAUCCAUUUGUCUUGACUCUGUUCUCUGUUGAGUAGGGGCAGCUUCAGCGUCAUUUUCUGGUUCAGUUGUCCAGUGCUACUAGGUAUUGAGUGACAUCUGAAACCUUUUUGCUGUCCUCAAACUUGAGGUUCCUCUUCCCAAACCGUUCUUGCCUACUUUCCUUGGCUUCUUAACCUCACUUUUCCUACCCCACUAGAGUUAAGUAUCUGAAGAAACGAGAAUGAACAUAGUCCAGACCCACUCAAGUUUCCAAGGCUGUGUGAGUUUGUGUCCUGAGUGCUGGUGGAUCAUCCCCUGGUGUAGUUAGCAGAGCUCAUGGCCUCCAAACCCAGAGCUGAGCAGGUGGUUAAUAAUUUACCUCUGCAGAGUAGUCCUUGUGAAGGGAUUUUCCACAACAAUCCCAACAUCUUGCUCUUGAUCAGUGAUCUAAGAACACUGAUAUCAGAACUACCCCUGCCUCGGGUCUCCAGCUAGUGUCUCUGGACAGCUUUAAGUCUCUGUUGUUGGCACCAAGUAGUGUCCAGAGUCACUGUCUUAGGAGCUGGACUGGAGAGGGAAGACAGGAUCACGAGGAAUCUACUGUGAGGGGUGCGCGUGCUGACCCAACACCAGCACCUUUGUUCAGUCACCACUGUCCACAGUUAGCCAACACGGUGCCCCUCUUUUUAUCCUUAAACAUUCCACAUUUCCUCUUCCUGUCCGACUGUUCAGCUCCUCUUUGCUCUUGAGAGACUGCUCCCAGACACUCAGUCUUGGUGACAGCAGAGUCACCACUGUCUCAAGACUGAACACUUUGUAUCACCUGCUGCCUGAGCCACUAGUAACGCCCGGUGGCUCCCUCGCCACCUUUUACUUCCUGGAAUUAAUCAUCUUCUCUUCCUUCUCUUUUAAUUCAUUUCUUGUGUCUUUAUGACUAAACAAACUACAAGUUCUUUUCAAUGGUCAGAAAUCUCAAGACAGUCCUCCGGUGCUGUCUCCAGCUUUAUCUUGAUGCCUCUGAAGUGACCUUGAACCUGACUCAUCCAUUGCCCCCUCUGUGCACAGCUUUUUAGAUCCCCUUUUGUUGUUAGACGGGAAGUUCCAGGAUUUUCCCACCAAGGCCUCUAGCCCAGGCUAGGCACAGUCUCCUUAGGUGGCUGAAGAUGGUCCUUAGUCUUACAGCCUCUACCUUCUAAAUUCUGAGGUUUCAGGUAGGUUCCACUAUGCCUAGUUUAUACAGUGCAGGGGACUGAACCCAAGGUCUCAUGCAUCUUAGGCAAGCACUACUCAGCUGAUCCCCAACCAUGGUCCUGGUUCUGGGCCCCGUGUUUCCUCCCCCCGUUUACUGUGUUUUGUUCAGACAUUAUCUAAAACUUCCUGAGGUGAGUGUGGAAGGUGAAUUUUUUUUUUUUUUAAAUCUUCAGUAUCUAAACUGUUUAUCUCACUUGUACACUGGAGGGAUUCACUAUAGGAUUAUUCAAAAUAGUUUUCCUUCAGAAUGUCAGAGGAUUGCUUCACUGCCUUAAGCUCCUGUCGUUCAGAAUUCCCGUGGGGCACUCUGCCUCGUGAUCUUUCUCAGUGGCCCGUUUCUGUUUUACAGAGGGAUCUGAAAGUCUUAUCUGUACCUUUAUUUACUCCACGUACUAGCACGUUACACUCUGAAUGGUACAUUUGAAUGCUCACAUGCGUGCGUGCACACACACAUGGAACUUAUAUACAUACAUAAAAUUAAGGGACUGGACAGGAUCUCAAUAUGUAACCCUCCGUAGCCUGGAACUCACUAUGUAGACAUGGCUGGCCUCAGACUCUGGGUGAGAUUUAAAGGCUUAUAUGCUGCUGCACCUAGGGAAAGGAAAAAUUUGUUUUACAGGCAUCUGAGGCAACCUAGAAAAAGGUUUAUCUUGGCUCAGAGUUCCGAAGGUGCAGUCCAUGAUCAUAGGUCUCAGUGCUUUUGGUGUCUGUCAUCAACAUAUCCUGGCAGGCAUGCUUGACAGAGUCACAUCUCAUCAAUUGGGAGACAGUGAACCAGGCUCCCAUAGUCCCCUUCCAGAGCACAGCCCACCUUGGGAACCAGUCAUUUAACAGAGGAUCGUUCAGAGGCCUUGACCAUCAGAACUGUAGACUCUUGCCAGUCCUAGCUUGAAGUAGUCACAAUAGAUAGAUUAGAUACAAAACACAUAGGCCUGUGGGUAACAUACUUUAUUAAGACAUUGAAGACCUGUACAAAUGACCUGAAAGGGCUUUGGGGUCCACCCAGAGUUGAUGAGGCCCCGAAGUGUAUCCAGUUUUUGUGUCCAAAAGCCACUAUAAAUUAAUGCAAGCCAAACAGAGUCCUGGCUUCCCUACACUGAUCACUUUGAAGCUUUUACAGGUUUUUGUUUUCUUUUGUUUUUCCUCUUCUGAAUCCCGUUGACUCAUAGCUUACUGGUGUAGCCUUCCUUGCCUGCCUCUGGCUCUUCACUCGAAUAGAACUGCAGGAAGCCGAGUGUACUUAACACAGAUUAAAAACCGCUAUACAAGACUCCAAGACAAUAAAUUCCAAUCCCACUUUUGAAGGCUAGCGACAGAGCUGGGUUCCAGGCUGCUGGGGUCUCGGCCACACUUCCUGACUCCACCUUGGUCAUUCAAAGUCAGGCAGGAACUUGUUUUCCAGGUGAGGUAGGAAUAGAGAGAGAGGACCAUUGGUGCUCUAGUAUGGGAUGUUUCCAAGGUAGUCCAAGGCCAUGUCUGCACAAUGAAGGACAGCUGUGUCCCCCGGUUCAGGACAGGUGGGUACUGGCCAGCUGGAGCAAGAGCCUCAAGAGCAUUCAGUCACUGUCCUUGGUAUCUAUGGCCUGCUCGCCCACAUCCUGGCCAUCUCGGCGCCCACUCCCGUGGUGCAACUUACAUUCAGGCUCGGGUUUGUGGUCUGAGGGUUCACAGUGACCUCACACGAGGACUUCCAGGAUGGAGUAUCGUCCAUGCUGCCUGCUUCUUAGGCCUCUAUUUCUGGAGGACAGAUGUGACAUCUCUGCCUGAGAAUUUGCUUCUUAUUAAAGUGAGGUGGCCAGGCUACAGUGCAGUGCCUGGGACCUCGUAAAAAGGCAAUCUUGAGCCCCACCAUAGGCCACCCAAACAAGAGCCUGUAUUUUAACCAGGUGUCUGGAUGGCGUUUCUACACUAAGUUAAAGAAGUAGGGAUCGAUGUAAGAACAGGCAGGUGCAUGUAGGAACAAUUAAGCUCCAAUUUGAAAGUUAAUGUUAUUUUUGUUCCUCCCUCUCUCCCCUCUCAGCACCUUUUUUUUGUGGUACUGGGACUUUAUGCAUUCUCGGCAAGCAAGCUCUAGUAGAAAGUUAUUAGUACAGCCCUAGAGCCCACCCCAUCCCCAGAAAGAGUGUCAGUAGCUAAGGCUGGCCUGGAACUAACUCAGAAGCUCAGGCUGACCUCGAACUUGCAGCAGUCAAUCUGAUUGCCUCUAGUUCUGGGAUUAUAGCCGUGUGCCACCACCCCCAGCAAAAUGCUAGUUUUUU